AUGCUCGAGGAAGCCAUCCAGAGAGAUGGGCGCAUCAACGUCGAAAUCAUGGCGCUGAUCAACGACACGGUGGGCACUAUGGUGGCCGCAGCCUAUCAGAAUAACGGGCAAUGCGAUAUUGGGGUUAUUAUUGGCACCGGCACCAACGCCUCCUACAUGGAAAACACCAAAAACAUCCACUACGGCCUGCAGAACGCCACCGAGAAGUACAACUACAAUCAGAUGAUCAUCGACACGGAGUGGGGCGGCUUUGGCGACAGGGGAGAAGCCGACUACAUCUUCACCGAAUACGACAAGAUUGUCGACAAAAGAUCUGAUCAUCCGGGUGUUAAUUCACUCGAUAAGCUGAUCGCUGGAAUGUGCAUGGGAGAACUGGUUCGACUCGUCUUAGAAAAGCUGACCAGAGGAAAGGUUCUCUUCGAGGGCCUCGGCUCGGAGACACUCUUCACAAUCGGCUCCUUCCCCACCAAAUACAUUUCUGAGAUUCUACAUGACGAUUGCGGCUCGUACGUGCAUACCAGGCAAAUUAUGGGCGAGCUGGGGAUCGAUGACUAUACAUUUUCGGAUAUGCUGUUGUUUAGAGAAGUCUGCGUAGUCGUCUCCAGAAGAGCAGCGAAUCUGGCGGCAGCUUCGAUCGCCUGCGUGCUGAAUCGGGUCAAAAAGCCGCAUAUGAUUGUGGGAAUUGACGGGUCGACUUAUAAAUACCACCCCUUCUUCGAGCACUGGGUGUACGAGAAAAUCCGCGAGCUGAUCGAGCCCGGGCUUGAUUUCAAAAUCGUGCAAACCGGCGACGGAUCCGGAAGGGGAGCCGCCCUAAUCACGGCCAUUAUUUGGAGGCUGAAAAAGAGACGACAAGCCGAAGAGCAGAAACAUUUGGAUCGAAGACUGUCGAUAGAACAGUACGAGAAGGAGAGGGAAGAAAAGGAGAAGCAGACGGAGGAAGUGAAGCAGAUGGAGAAUAAUCCAACUGAAGUGAUCGCCGCAGCCAUCGGGCAGUCUGUAGCUGAAGAUCCGGUUGAUGUGGCUGCUCACGAGAUUGAGGAGCCGGAAGAAUCGGUGGUCGAACUUGAUGACGGUCCCGGAAAACUGGUAGAUGAGCACAGAAUAAAGCCACCAACGGAACCGGAAACGCCGCGCAAAAAAUUGAACGGUUCCCCGGAGAAAGAUCAUGAUCAUCAACAUCUGAAAAAUGAGGUGCCGACCGAAAUUCCGUACCUGAACGGUGGACAGGAUGAUGAUACCUCCACCUCAUCACUUUCUGAAGAGCUCGACGGCUCCGCCAGGGAAAUUGAA